AUGGUUCAAUUGCGGCGCUUAUCACUAGGGUUGUGGGGAGAUUCUCUCAACUUGGUAACCAAGAUAUCGUUCUGGGCGUUUGAGCAAGGUUUCUUCGGAGACGGUGUCAAUGCACGAAAUUCGGCGUUUAUUCCCCUACGCAAGUCCAUCAAUGUUGACCCUUGGUUCAAAGAGAUUAUACUGUUAGAUAGAUAUUUAUGUUUAGAGUACAUUGAACACGCUAUUUCGUUCAACAGGCUACAGUUUGAGUUUUGA